AAACUGUCCUACGUGCGCCGACCGUCAUCCAAUUUUUGAUCAGAAUACCUUUCUUUCAUAGUGAUGCACGCCAAAUUAGUAGUCACCAUCCUGUCAAACUGUGUUGACUUAAAUCGGCCAACUCACCAUCAGGCGCAGAUGGCGCACUUCCUUUCUGGCUUCCCCGAAACACGAAGACCCUGUGCCGUUUCGUAAUCAACUGCUAGCCUCACGUUCCACCUACCGCGCGUUUCAGUGAUUCUCUUCUGUGGGACUUCGAUCCACUACUUCAAAAGUCCGAAGUACCGAUCUUCACGGCAUCGUUGAAUAGAUCUCAAAUGCGGGAUAGCUUCGGUGCUGCUGAUCCAACGUCAGCCGAAGUCGGGAUCUCCGAUCCACAGACUCGCUUAAUUAGUCCACUCGUGAACCUGGUUUCACCGUCCCCCUCUAAUCCUGUUAGACAGUCUCUUACCGGACUCGUCCACCCGUUGCCCACAUCUACUCCCACUGUGCGUGCUGCUCCGUCUAUAUUUUCACCUUGGAUGCACCAUAGCAUCCUGGAUCAAGCGUUGGGUGGGUUGAAUCGUUCGCCUGAAUGGCACGCGUCUCCUGCUUCGAGGAAAGCGGGCUCUUCCACUAUGGAACUUCCUAGCUACUCUGAGUCGUCCCCCAAAUUAGAACGUACGCUACCGGACUUCUCAGGCACUUUUUCCUCAGGAUCCGUGCUUCAUCCGCCUCAACUCUGCACCGCAUCUACCGAUCUAUUACAUUAUGAAGAUUUUGACCGUCUUACCGAUAUGUUAGGACAGGUCACUAUUAACGAUGCCUCGACCGGUGAUGCCCGUUCCAUAAUACCCUCGAAAAAUGGUGUAACUUCAAACUCAACGCAAAGAUCGCUGCCUAUCUCUGCUUCCUCCACUUCACCUGUCCUUGUCGAAGACGGCAUUUCUCGUCCUUACUCCGGCCAGAACGCUUUCCAUCCUGCUAAUAAUAAUGCAACUUGUGUUACGGACGCUAAAAGUCGUGCCGGUGACCUUUUCUCCGGUGCACUUGAGAGAAGCUGUUGCGAGCCAGUCGUAGAACCCGUUUCCACUGCGGAUAGUUUGGCGGCAGAAAAGCAGUCUUCUAAAUGUCUGUUGUCCCAAAAAUCAGAACCAAGCGCGUUGGAGAAGAUGUCUAAUUUAACUCGUUCAUCAAUCUGCGGUAUGUCGGAUAUGUUUUCCCAUGUAACCAGCUCCUUGAUCGACCAUAUUGGAGGAGUUGCGCAUUUGGCCCAACCGGUGAGCCGGCUGCUUUCAAUAGUUUCCGAUCGUCAGUCUUCAACUCCUUCGUUCUCAACGGAUUAUCCCAAAUCCUCUCAGUCAGUCUGUCUCACAAAACAUUCAUCGGAAAAUCUGAUGGUCCAUUCGAUGAGCUUAAUCGAAUCGGAAUCAUCUUCCAACCAUUCUAUGGAUCGCUCCGUUGAGGCGGAUGUUUGGAAAAGCUUGAGUUCCAUACAGGAUGCCACGAUUCCUGAUACUUCGGACCUCUUAAAGAACCGUGCUGAUGACCUCUCCGACGACAAAGAGAAUGUCGACGUAUACCAGACUGAUAUUAAUCAAGUGUCUGGACCGAGAAACGCCUCGUUUACCGGCCCAUAUGGUGAUGUAUCUUCCUGUAUUGCUGCGAAGGACGAGGUCGAGUCGUGCAUUAAAACUGCUCGAGAAUGGGGCAUUUUACAGGAGGAGGUUUGCACGUUGCGAGAUACCAUCAACGAACUGAGUUCAAUCAUCUCACAAUACGAGAAAUCCCUAAUGGAGUUUACGGCUUCGGAACACAACAGGAAGACGGUGGCCACUGAGCGCAUUCUUCGCGUAGCCCAGGAAAGAGAUGAGGCAUUCGAUCAGGCUUCUACCAUGUACAAGGCGUACGACGACAUGGUACGACGAAUUCAGCGUGCUCAAGAGACCAUCGAAGUGAAGAAAAAUAAGCAGAUGGCCGUCCUAAAUUUGUGGAAGCAGUAUGAGAGGAAGUGUGCUUCGUUUCGUGAGAAAAUGCAGAAUUUGUACUUAAUCUCAGUGGACCGGUUGAGCCAAGCACUAUCAGAACAGGACCAGCAACGCGACUUUCUCACGCGCAAGAUAGACAGAUUGGAUGUUGAGCUUAAGCAACACCAGGUUAGGAAGUCGAGUCUCUUGGAACAGAUUGAGCAGCUGCAAAAAAACUCCGAAGAACUUCGCAAAAUGAAUCAGCAGCUCUGCAGAUAA